ACAGUUUCCUUCAUCCUCGAGACGUCAUCGAGGCGAUCCGACACCUCAUCGCGCGUCGACACCCUUCGGAUCGCAACAAGUCAGAUCGCGGCCCGCGCCAAGGAGCAAAAUCGCGAGGAGUACAACAGAAUUAACGCCUUGACGGUUUUCCUGCAGGACACAGAGCGAGAAGCGCCGUCGGGGCCGGCGGCUCAAUCCGACGGACGAUUGCCCGCGCUCUCAGCGACGAGGCACUUGCGGAAAUCGCGGCGCGCUGCUCGAAAGCCGGCUAAAGGAACGACGGAAUCACAGUAUUCCGCGCAGGACAACAAAGGCGGAGACGAACGGCGCUGCGAAGGCUCCGAGCGCACAAAUGUUUGCACAAGAGCGCGUCUGGCUAACGUCGAGCGGCAGCAAUCGUCAAAAUCCUCGUGGGCUCCCAAGGCGCACAGCGAUCCCGCUGGCAAUCUGGAUCCGCGAAAGGAUCGGUCGAGUAACGACAUCAAUGGCAGUCCACGACUCGACACGGUUCCAAAUUUAAUCCAGACGAAGCGGUCCAGGAAGGGGUUUCGUGCAGCUAAAGCUGGGCGCGACAUUAUAGCGGAGAAUAUAACAAAGCAGGGCAAAAAAGUGCGCCCGAGUCGCGUGAGAGUCCCGGCAACAAGGAAUCUCGUCUACGAAUUUCGCCUGUCCGACCGCGCCGAGCGCACGAAUUCAUUAACGCCGCACGUCCGCUCGCUGCCGUCCGCGCGCAACCCGGGUCAAGGGUCAGCUCUUGCGAAAACAGGUGUCGAGUAGAAAUCAUACUAUACCAUUUUACUCGUACGUUAAAAUAUACGCUGAACACCGUAUACAACGUUGAUCGAGCGUGAACGAGCAGGACGAUUUUCUUAUGUCAUCUCCGACGUACCUUCCAACUGUUUGGAAGUGUACAAAGAUGAAGAAUACGAUGAGAGGAAAGCUCUGCUUUACAGGCUCCUACGUUGACCAAGUCUGUAUUGAAUCGUAACGCGGCCCUCGUGAGACGGGAAACGUCAGUCCUGCCGGAAUUAAAUUCGCGCGUUGACUUCAUAACGGAUAAUCCAGACUCAACGGGUCCUGAUCGGGACGCCUGCCUGCCGGAACUCGGCAAGGAGGGCCGGAGGACGGGAACGGCGAGCAAAAGACUGCAUGCCGGACAUAAGCAAGGCGACAUAAACCGCGAGGUGGAAUACGUAAAGUCGGCUUGGCGAGCGUUGCAGCAGGGCCAGAAUUGGACGAAGGAGAAGGCCGACGUCUGCACGAGCAAGGGGCACGCGAUAAUCGGCGAGAUGACACGUGACAUAGACAGACUUCAGAAGCGGCACCUGAGACCCGGUGCGAACCGUUACCUGCGCAAAAGCGCGACCGACGUCUUACAAGCGGCGGCGAGCAGGCCGAGCUUGGAGAGGGACGUCGAAAUCGCGAGAAGGAUCAUUUUUCCCAAGCGAAGAGCAAGGUUCGAAUCGGCAGGUUACGACCAUCCGAGCAACCUCGAUUUAAUCGACGAAGACACGACACCUGCGCUAUUCGGCGGAGCCGCGAGUACGUCAGCGGAUGAACGUUCGAGUGACAACUUGUCGCCGGGGCUUGUUGCCGCGAAGACGCGAUCUGUGCAUACGAAUGUACACGCGCGUGGUAUCGUUGAUGGUGUCAGAUGGUGCGAAAAGCAAGAUACGGGCAUGACGUUUAAAGGCGACGGCGCACAGAGAACGAGCGUCAGAGCUUCUAUCGAGAAGUAUUUGCAAGAUUAUAUCGGCAGGACUCGCAAGUUGCCCGAUGUCGAGGCGGACGAGCGUUUACGAGACGCGAAAGUAGCGAGCGAUAUAGCAGGUACACUCGCGAGCCUCGAUAUCGGGUCGCCUUGCUUUUACGGGAAAUGCGAAAACACCUGCGGUGAUACGGAGAGAAGCGCGAGAGAGGACAUCGAGGAAAAUCGCUGUUCGGACACGUCCGCCGAUGUCGUUGGACGGAGCAAGGACACGUUCUCGCCUGAGAAUAACUUGGAGCUCGUCGACGCGAAACUCGCUGGUACUUGGAAACAAUCGAACGCGACUGCUUGCGAAGAUCACGCUUUUAUUAAAACAGGAUUGGACAUUCUGAACAAAAGUGUACUCACAAAUAAAUUGUCGCAGAUAUUGCGGUCGGAAUACUUAAGAAAGGACCUGCUCUUGUAAACCAUAUAAUAUAAUGUCAGUCGCGUCUGAUGGCCGCAUAAAAGCAUCGUCUUGCUUCUUAGAAUCAGCUCGCUUUGUGUUACUGUUAAACCAUUUGUAAAUUUUAAGGUCAUGUAAACCUUGCUGUUUUGCCGACUUCCCCGCGACACACCGAUCAAUCGUGUCUCUCUUGCUCCUCUUCUCUUUCUUCGAUGUUUUAAAUUACUUAAAAAUAUAUAUAUACAUAUAAACGUGAAAGUUCAAAUUUCUUUUAUAUACAGUCUUACGCGUUAUAUAUAGAAUAUACACUUCGUAUCCUAUAUAACUCUGGUUAAAUUAAAAUCUGAUAUAUCAGAACAUAUCACAAAAUGUUUUCCGCAUUAAUUCACUA